AUGGGGAACCUGACGCAGAGCUGGGUGGAGAAGCUCGACUCCGUGCUGAGGGCCCUGAACCAGACCUACUGGGCAGAGCUGUGCCCCCCGGAGGCGAAGCGUCGCGUGCGGGACGGGGAGAGAGACGCCUACGCGUACCUGUACAUCCUCUUCGUGAUGGUCCUUUUCGCCGCCACCGUUGGCAGCCUGAUCCUUGGCUACACCCGCUCCCGGAAGGGGCUGGACAAGCAGAGCGACCCGUACCACGUUUACAUCAAGAACCGGGUGUCCAUGAUAUGA